CACACCAACUCGAUUCCCCUCCCCCUUCCUGCAUUAUUCAGUCUGCUGCUCUGCACUAGGAUUGUAAACCACACAGUUUCUACUAAGAGUAUAAAGUUCUGAAGACUAACCUGAGUACAACCUGAAAUGUCCAGGUAGACGAGCUUGUGGCAGCCCUUCCCUGUGGCAAGACUGCCUUGCAUGGAACAAUUGGUUCAAGUCUGUCCAAAACCCAAAUCAUUUGAGGCUAUCUUAGUUUUCAAGUUUCUUUGGAUUCUAGUAUAGUUUCAAGUCAUCAGUCUGUUGCUGGAAUCAUCUGGAUAUCAGGAUGCAAGUAAUUAGGAUUAUAUUGGUGCUACUCCUUUGUAGAGCGGUAGAGUUCGUGAAAAUUAAGAAUGGCAGCCAUGGAAACAGAAUGAGGGACUGUGGCAAGAAAUGUCUCAAAAAGCGCUCCACUCAUGUCAAAAGAUUUGAUCAAUUCCUAAGCACCAUAUGCAGUGAAAGUUUGCAUGAAAAUGAAAAAAUAAUGGAUUGUCAAGAUAAGCAACUUAUUACAAUUCCUCCUAAUUUGCCAAGGGAUGCUGUUCAUUUACAGUUAGCAGGAAAUAAAAUACAUAGGUUAAAGGCCUUGAUGUUUUCAACGUUAAAGAAGUUGAAGAGUCUCGACUUACAACGAAAUGCUAUAGCAUAUAUUGACGAAGGUGCAUUUGAGGGACUGGAUGAACUGACUACUUUAUUAUUGCAGCACAAUCAAUUACAGUUUAUGUCAGAGGAGGUUUUUGUGCCUAUCCCCAAACUAAAAUAUCUGCGCAUCUAUGGCAACCCUUGGAAUUGCAACUGUAAGUUGGACCAAAUGAUCACCAAGUUGCAGAUCCCUGGUCAACGAAAUCUAGGUAAUCUAGCCAAAUGUGAAGCUCCGAAACAUUUUGCUGGUCAUAAGUUAAAGACAAUCAAUGUGAGCAUGCUGUGCCAGGAUGAGAAUAAUGAUGAGCGUCCUUUACCGAUCCAAAAUACCGCUGACUCCACAAAAUGCAACAUCUACCUUUUCCCAAAGUCAAGAAUAGAUUGCCAAAAUAAAGGCCUAAUGAAAGUUCCAAUCGACAUUCCUGUUGAAGUUCUGGAAAUUGAUCUAUCCAAAAAUAAAAUCAGACAAUUGAACGCCAAAAACUUCAUGAAUUUUAAUGAAUUAGAAACAUUAAACCUCAGCAGCAAUGCAAUAGGAUACAUAAAUCCUGCUGCUUUUGCUGGUCUUUUGCGCCUGAAGGAGCUGGAUCUAUCUUCAAAUGUUUUGCACAACUUUGAAUAUGGCGUCUUGGAGCACCUGUACUUUAUAGAGAAGCUGGUUCUUACUGGAAAUCCAUGGAGAUGUGAUUUUCAAAUCCACUAUUUGGCAUACUGGUUGCAGGUUCACUACAAUGUACAGUUUGAAGGCCUUGAAUGCACAAUGCCCAAUGAAUAUAAAGGCUGGACUGUGCAGAGGUAUAUCAAAAAAUAUUAUGAGGAUUGUCCCAAAGAAAAGACAAUAGUUGAUUUUGAUACAUAUGAUUCUGAUAAAUCAGAAGAAGAAGAAAGCAGAAGGUUACCCUAAAUAGUUGUAGCACAAAUAAUCCAUGCCUACCUAUUACAUAUGAACACAUAACUACACAUACAAAUAUGUAAUCUUAUUUCACAUAAGCAUUUAGAUAUGCCAAAAUCAGUUGCUCUAGCCCUCCUUGAAUAUUAUUACAAUAUUAUGGAAAAUGAGAGUUUCGGGUGUGCAUAUUCCAACUUUUUCAAGGAAUUUCACAGUUUUUUUUGUAAGGCAGGUGGAAGACAACUGAAAAAUACAGUGAAACCUCGAUUAUCCGAAGUCCUUGCACUGGCAGGUUUUCAUUCGGAUAAUUGAUUAUUUAGUAAAUUGAUUUGAUGUUAAACAAAGGAAGCUGCAUUGCCCAUAAUUGCAUUAAAAAGCAUGCUAACAGAGUUUUAUUUCAGUUGAUCACUAAAAUCUGUACAAACACUGCAUAUUGCUUAAAACUUCAUGACAUUGUCUUCACCCAGGGC